AUCCCACCUACAAUAAUUUACCGAAUGAAAUGUUUGUCUUCGCUCUCCAUGAUAAAACCCCCCCCUGAAAUCUAGGCAUCUCAAUCUCCGUCGUUUCCACAUACAUCUCCCGAAUCCAGACGCAUCGAAAGCCUCUCUCCUCCUUCCCAAUUCUCAAGAAGUGUGAGGAGAGCUGAGGAUUUGCAGACAUGGCGACCGGAACGGUUCCAGCUUCAGUUUCUGGUCUGAAGACCAGGGAUCAUGGUUUCAGCUUUGUGAAAAGCGUAGAUUUCAUGAAGGUGAGAUGCUUGCCUAACUCUCAGAGGAUUGGGUCCCGAAGAGAGAAGUUCCUGGUGAUAAGGAAUUCGAACCCAGGUCCGGAGACUGUUGAAUUGAAGCCUGCUUCAGAAGGAAGUCCUCUCCUAGUUCCUAGGCAGAAGUAUUGUGAAUCCUUACAUAAGACUGUCAGGAGAAAAACUCGCACUGUGAUGGUAGGAAAUGUUGCUCUUGGUAGUGAGCAUCCCAUAAGAAUUCAGACGAUGACCACCAGCGAUACUAAGGAUGUUGCUGGAACUGUUGAGCAGGUAAUGAGAAUAGCUGAUAAAGGAGCAAAUCUCGUUAGGAUCACAGUUCAAGGGAAGAAAGAAGCAGAUGCUUGUUUUGAAAUAAAGAACACCCUUGUCCAGAAAAACUAUAAUAUUCCUCUGGUGGCAGACAUUCAUUUUGCUCCUUCAGUCGCUUUGAGAGUUGCUGAAUGUUUUGACAAGAUUCGUGUCAACCCAGGAAAUUUUGCUGACAGGCGAGCCCAAUUUGAGCAGCUGGAGUACACAGAAGAUGAUUAUCAGAAGGAGCUUGAGCAUAUUGAGCAGGUUUUCUCUCCAUUGGUUGAGAAAUGUAAAAAGUAUGGAAGAGCAAUGCGCAUUGGAACGAAUCAUGGAAGCCUUUCUGACCGUAUCAUGAGCUACUAUGGUGAUUCUCCAAGGGGAAUGGUUGAAUCUGCUUUUGAAUUUGCAAGGAUUUGCCGGAAGUUGGACUUCCAUAAUUUUGUCUUCUCAAUGAAAGCAAGCAACCCAGUGAUCAUGGUUCAAGCAUACCGUUUACUUGUUGCAGAAAUGUAUGUUCAAGGGUGGGAUUAUCCCCUGCACUUGGGAGUUACAGAAGCUGGUGAAGGUGAAGAUGGACGGAUGAAGUCUGCAAUUGGCAUUGGAACCCUUCUUCAGGAUGGCUUGGGGGAUACAAUCCGUGUUUCCCUCACUGAACCACCAGAAGAGGAGAUUGAUCCUUGCAAAAGAUUAGCCAAUCUUGGCAUGCAAGCUUCAAAUCUUCAGAAGGGAGUGGCACCAUUUGAAGAAAAGCACAGACGUUAUUUUGAUUUCCAGCGUAGAACUGGUCAAUUACCAGUUCAGAAGGAGGGCGACGAGGUGGACUACCGAGGAGCUCUACAUCGUGAUGGCUCUGUUCUUAUGUCUGUAUCUCUGGACCAGUUAAAGACCCCCGAACUUCUCUACAAAUCACUUGCAGCAAAGCUUGUGGUUGGCAUGCCAUUUAAGGAUCUUGCAACAGUGGACUCAAUCCUUGUAAGAGAGCUUCCUCCAGUUGAAGACGCUGAUUCUAGGCUCACACUCAAAAGGCUGAUAGAUGUAAGCAUGGGAGUUUUGACUCCUUUGUCGGAGCAGCUUACAAAGCCGUUGCCUAAUGCCAUGGUUGUUGUAAAUCUAAAGGAACUGGCAACUGGUGCCCACAAGCUUCUACCAGAAGGCACCCGUUUGGUUGUAUCUGUUCGUGGAGAUGAGUCCCAUGAAGAGCUGGACAUCCUCAAAGAUGUUGAUGCAACGAUGGUGCUACACAAUCUACCAAUUGGCGAAGAAAAGAAUAGCAGAGUACAUGCAGCGAGGAGGCUGUUUGAAUAUUUAUCGGAGAAUGAUCUGAACUUCCCUGUGAUCCACCACAUACAGUUUCCUGAAGGGACACACAGAGAUGACCUCGUCAUCGGUGCUGGUAGCAAUGCCGGAGCUCUUCUGGUUGAUGGCCUUGGUGAUGGAGUAUUCUUGGAAGCCCUUGGCCAGGAUUUCGAUUUUCUAAGAAACACAUCGUUCAAUUUACUCCAAGGCUGCAGAAUGAGAAACACAAAAACGGAGUACGUCUCGUGCCCAUCCUGUGGACGGACUCUGUUCGACCUCCAAGAGAUAAGUGCUGAGAUAAGAGAGAAGACGGCUCACCUGCCUGGUGUUUCGAUUGCGAUCAUGGGUUGCAUUGUAAAUGGGCCAGGAGAGAUGGCAGAUGCAGAUUUUGGGUACGUAGGUGGUGCUCCUGGAAAGAUUGACCUCUACGUUGGGAAGACGGUGGUGAAGCGAGCGAUUGAAAUGGAGCACGCGACUGAUGCCUUGAUUCAGCUGAUUAAAGACCAUGGCCGUUGGGUGGACCCUCCGUCCGAUGAGUAGAAUCUGUCGAUACCUAAUUGCUCCAGAAAUAGCCUAGUUGAAGAAGCUCCGUUCAAGGAUACAUAGAUCUUUAGAAAUAUCAUCCUCAACAGAAAAUUCAGACGGUGUAAACAGCAAGAAAUUAAGGGAGAUUUCCGCCAUGGGAGCUGCUGACUGCAAGUUCUAGUGUAUCAUCUGUUCUUGAGGAUAUAUGAUUGGGAAAUCAAACACCCACAUCCGCAUGAAGUUGUAGUUAUUUUGAGUAUAAAAAUAAUAAGAAAAACCAAUAUAUUCUGAUGAAA